AUGCUGAAGCUGAUGGAUCAGAAGGUGACUCAUGAGCAGCUAGCAGAUCGCUUCAAGUGCUCGGAACGGUUGGUCCGGGAUGUGAAGAAGAACAGGAAGAAGUACGAGACCGAGGCUGCUGCAGGACGCGGAGGAAGCAAGAAAAACGUGCGCACAGGCAAUAAUCCGGAGGUGGACGCCAUAGCUCUUGACCUACUAGAGAAAGCCCGGAAGACCAAGAUGCCCGUCACGCGCGACGUCCUUCGAAGCUUCGGCCGUGCCGCCAGGGCAACCCUGCUGGCUGAUCCAGCAGCUUCUAAGGAAGUGAAGGCGAGGGUCGAGGAUUUCAAGGCCGGCGAAAGGUGGGCCAGGAACUUCGUGAAGCGCAACAGCAUCGACAGCGUGAGACUUCAUGGCGAGGCUGGUAGCGUCAACAAGGAGGCCAUCAAGGUGGAAGACAUGACGGCACAGCUGGCUGGGACUCGAGUGUCUACCGGCCGCGAGGAGGAGGACGAGGAGGAGGACAGCGGCGAUGACAACACGGGGCUCGCGCGCCGUGUCCCACCGGCUUAUGGUGAACUGUCGUCUCACUUCGGCGUCCUGGAAGCGGCAGCAGAGGAGAGCGGCAAUGGAGACGCGGCGCUCUACCUAGCGAAAGCGAAGAUGGCGAUGAUUGCAGCGCAUUCCAAGAGGCGGGUGCGCCAGGCAGACAUGAGGGAGUUUGUUGCUACGGAGUAA